AUGUCUUUGCGCGGCCUCCGGGCGGCUCUGCGGGAGAAGCGCUUGGCGCCGGAGCGGUUGCCAGCGCUGCUGCGCCAGGCGCCGCUGGAACCUCCGGCGGCGCUGAUCGAGGCCAGCCUGUGCGUCCAUGAACUGAGCAAGGGCAGCUACUCCGUGAGCCGACCUUUGUGGGACGAGAUCUCCCGAGACUGCGUGCCUUUGAUGAGCCGGGUCCCCGUUCAGAACCUCACCCUGCUGAUCAACGCCCUCUCUGCACGGGCGCCAACCGCGACGUGGCUGCCGAGCUCGCUGCGGGCGCUGCAAGCCGCGCCGGUGGGCGCCUUCUCCGCCCAGGACCUUUGCCUCACCUUCGCCGCGCUGGCGCGGCUGUCGUUCGCGGAGGUGCCGGGGCCGCUGCUGGCGCGGCUGCUGGCGGAGGAGCUGCCUCGGUGCCUCGCGGAGGUGCAGCCCCGGGGCCUGGCGGCGCUGGCGCAUGGCCUCUCGCAGCUGCCGCCGCCGCACCAGGCGGAUGCCCGCUGGGCUCUGGAGGCCUUGGCGCCGCGCCUGGCGAGCUGCCGCGAUUUGCGCCCUGCGGAGCUGGCGCUGGCGCUGGACGCUCUGUCCCGGGUGCCCGAGCUCGGCGCCGAAAGCGGCGCCAUGCGAAAGCUGGAGGAGUCGCUGUGCGGGGCGCUGGAGGCCCUGAAACCCCUGGAGCUGGUCAUGGCCCUUUGCGCCCUCGCGCGGGCGCAGUCGACGCCGCAUCCGCCGCUGGCGGAGGCACUGCCCGGAGCGGUGCAGCGGAGCUUCCAGUGCCUGCCCCAAGCGGAGCUUUGCAUCGUGGUUCACUCCAUGGCGAAGUUGGAUCUGCAGAUGGACCUGUUGCCGGCCAUGCUGGCCCACUUCUCGCGCCAAAGUUCCGCCGGCGAGGUCUCCUUGGACCACUGGGCGCUGCUGUUGCACGGCCUCGCCAAGUGCCGGCUUCGCUCCACGCAGCUCUGGGCCCAGCUGCCCUCCACGCGGUUUCCGGCGCCGCCGGUGCCGCUGAGGACCGCCGUGCGGCUGAGCCUCGCUGCGGCCAAGUCGGACGUGAAGCUGCCGGAGCUGCGGAGGCUCAUGGAGGUGGCGGCAGAGCAGCCAGAGGAUUUGGAGGACGAGGCGCUGGCGGCCUUGGUCUACACCCUGGCGCACCCUUUCUACGCCGACCGUCGCCUGCUGCUGCGCCUACUUCAGCUCGCUUCACCACGCGUUUUUGCCCAAAGCAUGGCACUGCAGAUGCGUGUGGCGCUCCUUGCGCUCUUCCAAGAAGGUGGCGUUGCGACCCUUCGGGCGGCCAGAAUACUCCAAGGGGCAGAGGCGGCCACCCGGGCGCGGGCAGACUGGCAGCUCCCACUGCGGCCCUCGGCCAUGCAGUCGGACGUCCACGAUGGCAAGCCCUACCGGCCCUUUACCAGGGAGAUCCGCGAGACUCUGCGGGCCUAUGCUGACCAGCCCCUCGAGCUGAAAAAGCUGUUCCACUUGCAUUCGUUCAUCGAGGGCGCAUGGGGAAAUUCGGUGGCUUUGCACCUUAUGGUGCACAGUGUAGCGCUGGGGAGGGGGGGUCAAUGCAGCGACGCUUGCCUAGGCACGGGAUUCAGCUGA